UGUUUCCUUUUUGAUGAAUUUAAUCAUUUUUUUUGCUGCUAUAAAACAACAAGAUCAGAACACUGAAAACUGACCUCAGCUCAGAUUAGUCAAACCUGACUUUACCCAGCCUGAGUUCUCGUACACUCAAGUCGCCAUGGACAAAGUCUACAUCCUGGUCUGUGUCUUGUGUCUCGGUGUUUCUGGUCAGCCAAUCACAGACUCUCAGCGUCUAUUUUCCAUCGCUAUCAACCGGGUGCAGCAUCUCCACCUGCUGGCCCAGAGACUCUUCUCUGACUUUGAGAAUUCUCUACAGAUGGAGGAACGGCGUCAACUCAACAAAGUUUUCCUGCAUGAUUUCUGCAACUCUGAUUAUAUCAUCAGUCCCGUCAACAAGCAUGAGACACAACGUAGCUCUGUGCUAAAGCUGCUGUCAAUCUCUUAUAAUUUGAUUGAGUCUUGGGAGUUUCCCAGCCAUUCUUUGUCAGGAGGAUCCGCUCCCAGGAAUCAGAUUUCACCCAAACUGACGGAACUCAAGACUGGAAUCCUUCUGCUGAUCAGGGCUAGUCAGGAUGGAACAGACAUGGCUCCAGAUCCCGCUGAGCUACAGCUCGCGCCAUACGGAAACUACUACCAGAGUGUUGGAGGGGAGGAGUCGCUGCGCAGAAUGUAUGAACUGCUAGCCUGCUUUAAGAAAGACAUGCACAAGGUGGAGACGUAUCUUUCAGUGGUGAAAUGUAGACUGUCUCCAGAAUCCAACUGCACCCUGUAGCCGUGUGGUUCGGUCUGCCCCCUGCUGCUGAUAUAAUGCAAUGUCACAGCUGUGAGAUUUUCUAAAGCCGCGAUGAUGAAACUUGUGAAACAAACUAUUUCAGUGUAUCCACUAAACUUUGUGCUGCAUCACA